GGUUAGGUACCUAGGUACUUGAGUUUUACAUUCACCUCACUCACCUUAACUAACUUCUCUUUACCUUCCUGCUCGCUCCUAUGAAUCUCAUUUUCAGAUAACUCACUCCCAUACGCCCAUGCACUGGCAAAAAUGGAAAAGCAGCUGGAUGCCGGGUUUGAUCGGGUCGAGAAAGCGCUAGGCACGCUCGUCGACUCGAUCUCUAAAUAUCAUCCCUCAGUGUCCCAAGUCGAUGAGCUUGGUCUUGCCGAUAUCGCGCUCCAAGAAGGAUUGCGAAAGCUGCAAGUACACCAAUCCAACUAUCGCCGCAUCCUCCACCUUCGCGCCACCACCGCAGGCCUCGACACCCAGAUCAAGGAUACCUUGCGCCUGCUAGCCAACACCCGCAAGGAGCUCGUCAGCGCCCGCGCCACCGUCUUCCCUAGCGAUGUUCCUACCUACGAUAUCAACUACGACGAGAUGCUCGCCUACGGACGUCGCAUCAGCAAGACCACGAUGCCCCCUGCCAUCAGCACCCCCAUCGAGAUCCAAACCGAGAGCAACGGCGGAGCCGAGACAACUGCUGCCACCACACCAGCUAGCGGGACGCCCAACGGCGCCUCCACCCCCGCAAAUGGUACCCAGCAACAACAGCACGACCCCACCACCUCUCAGGCGCAACAACAACAAGCCGGCGCCACACCCGCCGUCUCCCUCAGCACCAACACCGCCAACCUCCCCGAAGACAUCCAAUGGCACCUAAACCCGCAAGCCGGGCUCGAGUUCAUCCCAUGGCCCAACGAAGACCAGGUGCGCAAGGGCGCGCUCGCCUCGCUGGCCUUCAUCUCCGAGCAGGGCAUCGACGCCGAGAACUACGACCCGGAGCAGGAGAAGCUGCGCAAGGAGCGCGAGGAGGAAGAGAAGCGAGAAGCCGAAGAGCGCGAGGAAAGAGAGCGUCGCGCACGGGAAGAGCAGGCGAGGGCCAGGGCCGAGAGGGAGAGGGAGAGAGAGCAGAGCGAGGCUUGGCGGCGCGGGAGCGUCACGACGGCGAUUGGAGGGGUUGCUGGUGCUGCUGGUGCUGCGGGGGCUGGGGCGGCGGGAGGAAGUACCGUGACUGGCGGAGCUAUAAGCGCGUCGCCGACAGGCGAGAAGAAGCAGUUCCAGUUUAUGGCGGAUGAUGACGACGACGACGACGAUGAAUGAGUGGAUGGAUGAGCUAUCUACCCAGGCAUCUAUCCAGAUAGGCACCUACUCGUGUAGACAAGGAGCUAUUCAUGGAUGCCGUUGUCAUUGUAUCAAAAUCCAGCAUGACUAGGUAGGUGUUCGACAGCUCCAAGAUUGGAUUUGUUGGAAGGGGGGGCUUGCACUGAAUAGGGGUUGCUAUCAGAAGCUUUUAAUAUCCCAAGCACCUGCGCAACACCUACUUAGAAUUAUAGGUACAUGUCUACUAUGUACUUGCCUAAGAUUGGUAGAAGUGCUGUUGAGAAUUACAUCAAAGAUACCUGCUUGCCUCAUCGCCUGCAACGCCACAUAACAACGCGAACUUCAUGUCCAAGCCUCCAACCUAAUAGCCUAGGUUAGGUGCCUUAGUUACAUUCACGCACAUUUGCGGGGGAAAC